AUGACAACCACAGAAUUCACAAACCUUAUCCUUAACACAUCUGAAGAGUACAACUAUGGUUUCACCUCUACCCUGGAUGACUACAAGGACUUCAAUAACUUAUAUUGUGAGAAAAACAUUGUCCGGCAGUUUGCAAGCAAUUUUCUGCCACCCUUGUACUGGCUCGUGUUCCUCGUGGGGGCUUUUGGGAACAGUCUGGUCAUUCUUGUCUACUACUACUGCAAAAGGGUGAAGACCAUGACCGACAUGUUUCUUUUGAAUUUAACAAUUGCUGACCUUCUCUUUCUUGUCACUCUUCCUUUCUGGGCCAUUGCUGCUGCUGACCAUUGGAAGUUCUCAAGCUUCAUUUGCAAAGUGGUCAGCGCCACGUACAAGAUGAACUUCUACAGCUGCAUGCUGCUGAUCGUGUGCAUCAGUGUGGACAGGUACAUCGCCAUUGCCCAGGCCAUGAAAGCCCAGAACUGGAGGCAGAAAAGGUUUCUGUACAGCAAAAUGGUUUGUGUCAGCAUCUGGGUGAUAGCUGCUGUGCUCUGCAUCCCAGAAAUCCUGUAUAGCCAAGUCAUAUGGAAGUCUGAUGCCAGCUUCUGUACCAUGAUUUACCCAAGUAAUGAGAGCACCAAACUGAAGUCAACUGUCCUUACCCUGAAGGUCAUUGUGGGCUUUUUCUUUCCCUUUGUGGUCAUGGUUUGCUGCUACACCAUCGUCAUUCACACCCUGCUACAAGCCAAGAAGUCAUCCAAGCACAAGGCCCUCAGGGUGAUCAUCACUGUCCUUACUGCCUUUGUCUUAUCUCAAUUCCCCUAUAACUGUAUCCUGUUGGUGUACACCAUCGAUAGCUACAGCAUGUUCAUUUCCAACUGUGCCAUUUCCACCAACAUCGACAUCUGCUUUCAGGUCACUCAGACCAUUGCCUUUUUCCACAGUUGCCUGAACCCUGUGCUCUAUGUUUUUGUGGGUGAGAGAUUUCGACAGGAUCUUGUGAAAACCUUGAGGUACUUGGGUUGUGUUAGUCAGGCUCAGUGGCAUUCAUUCACAAGGAGACGGGGAAGCUUGAAGCUGUCAUCUGUGUUGCUCGAGACAACCUCAGGGCCUCUCUCCCUCUGA